CGUCGUUCUUUAGGCCUACCUCUUUUGUUCAAUGCAAUACUAUCCCGUCUUCCCUGCAAAAGUUCUACCACCAGCACUUCUUUAGCAGGUCCCACAGAGUGAAAGGCUGAAUCAAGGAGUAUGAACGAACGUGAGUCUGAGCCAAUCCGUGAUGACUUCCUCCAUGUUUUUCCAAUCGAAAGGAGAGGGAAAAUAGCUAACAUCACAUGUCCCAGUAACUGCUGCUAAAGGUCUUAGUUUGUUAAAUCUUCUCGACUGGUAGAACUAACUAUUUUGGGGGGAUGGAAGCACAACGAUGGCAAUAGGGGGAGAACCGCUCAUUUGUGCAGUGUAAUGUGCGUCCCUUCUUUUUGGUCGAGGUUUCAAAUCGAAAAUCCAUUGAGCAGCAUACAUUUGGAUAAUAAAGCGCUGUUGCGGGGCUGAAUAGCUGAGAAUACACUGAAGAAGGACUGAAGGAGCAAGCCUUUUGAUAACUUGGAUGGAGGGCAAGCAGCACUCAGUCACUGUGGAUUAACUCGGCGUAGAGGCACAGCGGGGGGAAGUGCGCUUGAGGUGCAAAGGUCUCCCUGCUGAGAGUUGAUCCGAGUUCCCCAUAGCAGCCACUUUAUCGCACUCGGCUGCAGAGACGUGCGAUCGGCUAAAUAGAGCAAGCCGGUGUUACUGCGGAGGAAAGCUUCUACUGUUGAGAGGUGUGUCGACGAGCGGCAGGAGAAUGGCAAGGGCUUUAGCGAGUCUGAGGGAAAAGCAAACGCCCGUUUUUCAGCAAAGGAUUCUGUCGAACCGCGUUGGAAUUUGACUUUCUCUGUGUUGGUUUAUUUGGAUCUUUAUUUUAAACUCCGAAGAAAAUGAGCACAAGUGGAUUGGAUUCUGAGGGGUACAAACCAAUGGCACAUUACUCGGGCACUCUGAAUAGGUGGGCUGUGCGGAAUUGUGCGCUAUGAAAUCCAGCGCACCUUGUAUCGAUAUAAUUUAGCCAAAAUCUAAUGGAGCAAAACAAAAAGGAACAUGGGAAAAUAUGAAAUGUGAGAAAAUUCGAUUCCCCUGACCCUCGGUGCUCAGAUCAGGACUGGCGUUCCUUCUUCAAGGUGUUUGAACCUGAUUUACAAUGGAAAAACUGCUGGUCUGUCUGUUGGUUAUCGGAAUGGCAGUGAAGGCACAGAUCUGUCCGAAGCGAUGUGUCUGUCAAAUACUAUCUCCCAACCUCGCAACCCUCUGUGCCAAAAAAGGGCUCCUCUUUGCCCCCCCAAACAUUGACAGGCACACUGUGGAGCUGCGACUGGCCGACAACUUCGUCACCAGCAUCAAAAGGAAAGACUUUGCCAACAUGACCAGGCUGCAGGACCUUACACUGUCCAGGAAUACCAUUAGCUUCAUCACGCCGCAUGCAUUCGCUGACCUGGAGAACCUCCGCGCCUUGCACCUUAACAGCAACCGUCUGACCCGGAUAGCCAAUGACACCUUCAGCGGCAUGUCCAAACUGCACCACCUCAUCCUCAACAACAACCAGCUGACGUUGAUCCACCUGGGGGCCUUCAACGACCUGCUGGCCCUGGAGGAGCUGGACCUGUCCUACAACAACCUGGAGUCCAUCCCCUGGGAGGCUAUCCAGAGGAUGACCAGCCUUGCCACCCUCAGCCUGGACCACAACAUGAUCGACUACAUUCCUGAGGGGACCUUCUCUCUUCUCCAAAAGCUCAACCGCUUGGACGUGACCUCUAAUAAGUUACAGAAGCUCCCUCCUGAUCCUCUGUUCCAGCGGGCCCAGGUUUUGGCCACGUCUGGGAUCAUGAACUCUCCCUCGUUCGCGUUGAGCUUUGGUGGGAACCCACUGCACUGCAACUGUGAGCUGCUGUGGUUGAGGCGCCUGAGCCGAGAGGAUGAUCUGGAGACAUGCGCCUCACCGCAGCAUCUCUCCGGACGCUACUUCUGGUCUAUACCUGAGGAGGAGUUCCUGUGUGAACCUCCUCUCAUCACCCGGCACUCCCAUGAGAUGCGGGUGCUGGAAGGCCAGAGGGUGGUCUUGAGGUGCAAGGCCCGGGGGGACCCUGAGCCUGCCAUACACUGGAUCUCCCCAGAGGGGAAGCUGGUGGCAAACUCCUCCCGAACGCUUGUGUACACCAACGGCACCCUGGAUAUUCUGAUCAGCACAGUGAAGGACACAGGAUCCUUCACCUGCAUCUCGUCCAACCCGGCGGGUGAGGCACAUCAGACUGUGGAGCUGCUGAUUAUCAAACUCCCACACAUCUCCAACAGCACCAACAACAUCCAGGAGCCUGAUCCUGGCUCCUCGGACAUCUCCACAUCCACCAGGGCUGGGGCCAACGGCAGCAACCACACUGGGGACACCAAAACAAGCACAGAUAAACGGGUGGUCAUCGCCGAGGCCACGUCCUCCACUGCGCUGAUCAAGUUCAAUUUCCAGAGGAAUAUACCUGGGAUCCGCAUGUUCCAGAUUCAGUACAAUGGCAGUUAUGAUGACUCUCUCGUUUACAGAAUGAUUCCCCCCACAAGCAAAAACUUCCUAGUCAACAACCUGGCUGCUGGGACAUCGUACGACCUGUGUGUUCUGGCCAUCUACGACGACGGUAUCACCUCCCUCACCGCCACCCGUGUGGUGGGCUGCGUCCAGUUCACUACCGAGUCUGAGUACCUGCGCUGUCACUUCAUGCAGUCCCAGUUCCUGGGAGGCACCAUGAUCAUCAUCAUCGGCGGCAUCAUCGUGGCCUCUGUCCUCGUCUUCAUCAUCAUCCUCAUGAUUCGCUACAAGGUCUGCAACACCAGUGACUCGGGCAAAGGCACCCUUGUCACCAAUGUCCACUCACAGACCAACGGGGCGCAGUCUCAGGGGUGCACUGUCACACCCUCUGUGUCCAAGCAGGCCAUGGGAGGGUCAGACGGAGGGGGUGGAGGAUGUCUAAAGGCUGUUGGCCACGCGUCGGACACGCUAACGCACUCAUCCGAGACCUCUCUCCCAGACUGCUCUACUGCUACGUCCCAGGUGACCCAAAGCUGGAACACACCUGGAUCCUCAGGGUCUCUGAAGCCAAAGCGCAAGGCUGCACCAAAGCCCUACACUGCUGCUGCCAUCCCUGAGCCCAAUAUAGAGGCCCUCCCCAACGCUGAGACCCAGAAUACCAACCGCAACAACUCCACGGCUCUGCAGCAGCCGUCCGCUCCAGUAUUCCACUCCCCCCUACCCUUCUCGCGUGUCAAGGACACCCCCAUAUUGAGACGUGCACACCCCAGACCCUCCUCCAAGUACCUGACCUUACCGGUGGAAGGGGUGAGGGCCAAACGUAGGUACUCUCUAAACGAGGACUCAUCCAAGCACCACUGCUACGUUGGGACAACACAAUUUGGGAAUAUGUGGUCUAAGCGGAGUAUGUCCAUGAACGGGAUUGUACUUCAACAGGAAGAUAUAGACAGUGUGAAGGCCACCUUUUCCAGUUCAGAGUGGAUUCUAGAAAGCACUGUGUGACUGUUCAUGCACGCGCGCAUAUGUGUGUGUGUGUGUGUGUGUGUGUGUGUGUGUGUGUGUGUGUGUGUGUGUGUGUGUGUGUGUGUGUGUGUGUGUGUGUGUGUGUGUGUGUGUGUGUGUGUGUGUGUGUGUGUGUGUGUGUGUGUGUGUGUGUGUGUGAAAGAGAGAGAGAGAGAGUUGGGAAAUCUGUUUUUGAACCAUUUUCUUUUUUUUCGCCUCGGGUUUCAGUUUACUUUUCAAAGACCAACAAUAAAACGGAUGCUUGCCUUGUAGGAAUCAGAAUUGCAUCCCUGCUUUCCUCCGAUGGAGAGAAUCUCCAGGAGGGCUCGGAGCCCAGAGCUCAGCAGUCCAUGCAGUGUUUUCAUACCCAUACAACAAAGAAACGAAAAAGAAAGAAAAAGAAAACCAACAUACCUGUCCACUUAUACAUUACAUAGUCCCAUUGUUAAAGUUGUGGCAAGAGAAAAGCAUUGGUGCCUUACCUCUGCAUAACAGUUGUCCUUUUGCCAGGAGCACCAACAGGAAUUCAGCUGUCCCUGACACAGGAUGUGGGAUCGAGAGGAACAAGAGCGAUUUCACAAAAAGCCUUUCUAUUACAAGGAAAUAACAUUUCCUGCAUAUAGAGACAAUACAAAAAAAACUAUCAAAGACUUGUUACUUGGCCUCUUAUUAAAUUGAUAUUUUUUCAAGACAAAUUCAAGCUUUCUUUUCAAUGACAUUGAUAUUGCCUUUGUUUAAAGGCACAAAAAAAAACUGUACAUAGAAACAACAUCUGCUGUGUUGUUAUGUUGUGUAAAAUAAAAAAUAUGAAAUAAGUAUA